AGGGCUAGGAUCGCGAGAAGGAAGAAGAGGGGAUCGCGACCACGAAGAGGAAUAAGACCGUGAAGAGGAGGAGGAGGAUCAACGAGGAGAAGAGAGGAGGAGAGAGUGCGGGCAGUUCGGAUUCGCGCAUCGCUGUCGGGAUCCGAGCGAAGCGAGUGGAGGCGGCUUCGCGCGCUAUGCCGGCGAUGCUGCGGCUGAUGGUGAUGAUGUAGAUGACGACGACGAUGAUGAUGGCGACGAUGUUCAAGGGUGAUGAUAAUGCGCCGCGAGUGAGCGAGCUGGAGGGAGCGGGCCGUGACGUCACGCGGGCGCGGUAACGCGCGGCGCUGUUCGCCGAAGGCUGCGCCGCGCGCGCUCGAAUCUGACGCGACGCGGGCGUGGAGCCGGGGCGCGCAGUGCUGAGCGGCUCCCUGCAGUCGGCGAGCUCUCUGCUCCCUCCCAGCGCGCCUCCGCGGGCAGCGGCAGCAGCAGCAGCAGCCGCCGCCGCCGCCGCUCCGUAGCUCAUCUCUAGCCACCGCCGUCGGCUUCCUGCCGGAGUGAGGGAGAAGCAUUCACCGAAGCAAAGAUGCGCGGCGCGGAGUCGCGGAGAGAGGCGCCGCGCCGCAGGGGGGGGUCUCGGGACCCCACGGGGUCUCCUCCUCCUCCUCCUCGGCUGCCACCACCGUCGCUGCUGCUGGGGCUGCUGCUGGGGCUGCUCGCGGCCGCCCCCGCCGCCGGACAGUCCACGUACCCGACCAUCACCACCAACUUCGGCAAGCUGCGCGGCGUUCGCAUCGUCCUCAACAACGAGAUCCUGGGGCCCGUGGAUCAGUUCCUGGGGGUGCCGUACGCGGCGCCCCCCGUCGCCGAGCGCCGCUUCCAGCCCCCAGAGCCCCCCGCGGCGUGGCAGGGAGUGCGCAACGCGACGCACUUCGCGCCCGUGUGCCCGCAGAUGAUUCGCGGGGUGCUCCCCGAGGUGAUGCUGCCCGUGUGGUUCACGGCCAACAUGGACGUGGUGGCGCCGUACAUGCACGAAAUGAACGAGGACUGCCUCUACCUCAACAUCUACGUGCCCACGGAGGACGGAGCCAACACAAAGAGAACAGCAGAUGAUUUAACAGCUAAUGAUGGCGGGCAAGAUGCAGACAUACGCGACAGUGGGCCCAAGGCGGUCAUGGUGUACGUUCACGGUGGCUCCUACAUGGAGGGCACGGGCAAUCUGCUGGAUGGCAGCAUCCUGGCAAGCUACGGCAAUGUCAUAGUGGUCACGCUCAACUACAGGCUGGGCGUCCUAGGGUUCCUAAGCACAGGUGAUCAGGCAGCUAAAGGGAAUUACGGUCUUCUGGAUCAAAUCCAGGCCCUGCGCUGGAUCAGUGAGAAUAUAGGCAUCUUCGGGGGUGACCCGCUCAGAAUCACUGUGUUUGGGUCGGGCGCUGGUGCGUCUUGUGUCAACCUACUGACACUGUCGCACCACUCUGAAGGUAACCGUUGGAGCAAUUCAACCAAAGGACUCUUCCAGCGAGCGGUGACCCAGAGCGGCACGGCACUCUCGUCCUGGGCCUUCAACUACCAACCCAUCAAGUACACGCGCAUGCUGGCCGAGAAGGUCACGUGCAACCGCCUGGACACGCACGACCUGGUGGAGUGCCUCCGCUCGCGCUCCUUCCACGAGCUGGUGGCGCAGGAGAUCACGCCCGUGCGCUACCACGUGGCCUUCGGGCCCGUCAUCGACGGCGACGUCAUCCCCGACGACCCGCAGAUCCUCAUGGAGCAGGGCGAGUUCCUCAACUACGACGUGAUGCUCGGCAUCAACCAGGGCGAGGGCUUCAAGUUCGUGGAGGACAUCGUGGACGGCGAGGAUGGCGUCGCGGCCAAUGACUUCGACUAUGUGGUCUCCAACUUCGUGGACAACCUCUACGGCUACCCGGAGGGCAAGGACGAGCUGCGGGCCACCAUCAAGUUCAUGUACACCGACUGGGCGGACCGCGACAACGCGGAGACGCGCCGCAAGACGCUGGUGGCCCUCUUCACUGACCACCAGUGGGUCGCGCCCGCCGUCGCCACGGCCGACCUGCACGCGCAGUACGGCUCGCCCACCUACUUCUACGCCUUCUACCACCACUGCCAGAGCGAGAUGAAGCCCGCGUGGGCGGACGCGGCGCACGGCGACGAGAUCCCGUACGUGUUCGGCGUGCCCAUGGUGGGCCCCACGGAGCUCUUCCCCUGCAACUUCUCCAAGAACGACGUCAUGCUGAGCGCCGUUGUCAUGACCUACUGGACCAACUUCGCAAAGACUGGGGACCCCAAUCAGCCAGUGCCGCAGGACACCAAGUUCAUCCACACGAAGCCGAACCGCUUCGAGGAAGUGGCCUGGUCCAAGUACAACCCCCGUGACCAGCACUACCUGCACAUCGGCCUCAAGCCGCGCAUGCGCGAGCACUACCGCGCCACCAAGGUGGCCUUCUGGCUCGAACUGGUGCCGCACCUGCACAACCUGCACGACGUAUUCCAGUACACGAGCACCACCACCAAGGCGCCGCCCUACGACGCCACGGCGCCGUCGGCAGUGGCGGGCCCUCCACGCAGGUCCCCCGGCAACAAGGGCUGGGCGGCGACCAAGCGGCCGUUCUCGGCCUCCGACCCAUUGGGGGGGCGGCCCCCCAAGGAAGAGUGGCAGAACCCGAGGACGCCGGAAGACUCGGACGCGCUCGUGGAGGAGCAGCGGGACUACUCGACGGAGCUGAGCGUCACCAUCGCCGUGGGCGCCUCGCUGCUCUUCCUCAACGUGCUGGCCUUCGCCGCGCUCUACUACCGCAAGGACAAGAGCCGGCACGGCGCGUACCGCCGGCAGAGCCCCGAGCGCAGCGUGGGCACGGCGGGCAACGCGGGCGAGGUGGCGCACACCCAGGAGGAGGAGAUCAUGUCGCUGCAGAUGAAGCGCGCCGAGCAGGGCCACGAGUGCGAGUUCGCCUUCAGUCAUGACGGCCUGCGGGGCUCCGUGGGCGCGCCCUGCCCCCCGGACUAUGCGCUCGCCAUGCGGCGCUCCCCCGACGACGUCCCGCUUAUGACGCCCAACACCAUCACCAUGAUCCCCGGCUCCAUAGCCAUGCCUAACAUGCAGCCCAUGCACACCUUCAACAGCUUCGCGGGGCUCAACAGCGGCACGCUACCGCACUCGCACUCCACCACGCGCGUGUAGCCCCAGCCUCCGCGGGCACUGCUCGCCACCUGUGCCACCUCCUGCCCCCUCCCCACCCCCCCGGGAAGCGUGAGUUCGUUCGAAGGUCCGCCGGCAAACCCCCCCAGCAAAGUAGAUUUUAUACUCGUGUCUGGUUUGCGCCGGCCGGCGGGUGCCGGGCAAAACGACGAGAGCGGUGGUCGCGGCGAGGACAGACCGCGGACUGCACGGCGCACGGUGUUCAUGGCGCUCCGCCAAUCGGCUGUCGGCUGGCUCCACCGGAGGCCCUGCUCACGAUAUCUGGACACGAUGUGGAUCAAGUUCGGUUCUUUAUAUGUGCGCGCGUGCGUGUGUGCGCACACGCAUUUAGUUUGUAUUCACUCUUCCCCAAACGGUAAAGAGGCUCGUGAUGAAACUGUACCUUAAACACCAAACAGUGCGGUGAGAAGGCGGUGAAGAGGUGGUGAGGAGGAGGUGCACGCUGCAAAUCUGACUUCUCAGUGGCUGCCGACAAGGGCGAUGAAUCGAUAAAAUCUAGCGCACGGUCGUCCAUGCAGGGAUGUGAAGACCAGGUCACCCCACUCGCCCGCUCGCUCUAACAGAAGCGCGGCCACGAAGGUUAAGAUCGCGCCGGACGACAACCGUGGUGACAAAAGCACAGAAGCGACCCCGACACACGCUUCACACAAACCCUACAAUCGGUGGCCUCUGGCGCGCGCACCGCGAGCGGCGGUGCCACGAGUUCGUGACCAGCGCUCGCGCAUCGGGCACGACGGCCACCUGCCCACGUGGGCCUCGCGUGGGCUCCUCGUGGGCCUCACUGGUCCCCGCGCUCCCGGAAGGGUUUUCUCUGCUCGCUCAUGUGCCGCGCUAUAUAAACCGACGGUUAUGUUCUAGGCGCACUUUGAGGAUUUUUACGAGGAUGCACGGACCUGCUGUACAGACGUGGCGCCGCUGCCACCGGCCGGUUUUGUACCGCGGAGCAACGGAGGGGGGCACCGCUCGAAGCUCCGCGCGGCUCCUGCCACCUCUCGCGUGUCGCUUUGAGGAGAGCGCAGGCGCACGGUCCCCACAUUCCCCCGUCUGGUCGGGACGCAUGGCCGCGGUGGCCUUUCAGCCACGCCGAGGCUCGAGGACGCGCACGCGACGCCACGGCCUCACUCUGCCGACCUCCCGGACGAGCCUCCGCGGGUGGGGGCGGGGAGGGGUGGCGCGUGCGCAGCGUCCCGGCGACGCGGAGCGCCGCUCGUUCAGCCGCCAGCCAUUCUUGCUGGCCCGCGACCCGUCACCCACCUCCCGUCCCCCGUCACGCCGCUUCUGCUCUCGCUAUGCCGACGUUGCAGUCGGUGCACUGUAUGUGCAUUUUCCAGUGACGCAUUGUGGGAAACUAGUGUACAGUCCAAGGGAAAGAUAAUCAAAUAUUACGGGCACUUUUUAACGCUUGAUUAUAACUUUUCAUUGGUUGACCUUGUCUUUGAGGGCUAUCAGUUCUGUCUACAAAAAACAGCUGAUGCCCCUGAGUUCAUCUCCUCAUAUCCAAUGAAUCCCAUCUCCUAUUCUCCAUAUUUCCACGUAAUUCCAUCCCUCCAUCUGCAUGAAUCUCUCUCUCUCUCUGUUGCCUAUACCCACGUCUCCAUUUCCCUCUCUAUAUUUGUUUCCCCAUCUCCCCAAUCCCCUUGUCUGCUCAUCACACCAUCUCCCGUUCCUUGCCUCUUCGUCAUCUCAUCUCUCGUGCGUGUCGUUUCCCUGCCACCCGCCCAGCUCAUCGGGGCCGCUACCGCCCCAACUCUGAGCCUCGGCCCAUUGCGGUCAGACCCCAAAUCACAGAAGGGGGAGACGGGGGGCCUCCAUUCCCCGUGGGCCCGGCCAGUGCUCUCCGUGCCCCCUGGAAGUCUGGGAGACUCCUCACCGCCCUGCCCAUCGCAACCACAACACUCCUCACUCCCACACAACCACGGUGCAGUGAUUCCGCAUCGCAGCUCACGUCAGGCCACCACGGCCACACACGCCACCCUGCUCCUUGGGGGCCGUCCAUAAAUGACGUCACGCACAUGGGGGGGGUAGACAUUUGUGACGAUGUGUGACGAGGGGGGAGUGGGUUUGAGAAAUGUCGCAUCAAAAUACGCAACUUUCAAUAAAUAUAGAAUUGUUAUAACAACACUAGUUGUUAUAACAACACUCCUACAACAUCAGAGUGCAGCGCCACAUUAAAUACGCACUACAAUGACAAUAGUUUAAAGUUAUUUGAAGCAUGAUUCAUGUAAAAAUGGAAAUAUGGUUUUGGGGGGGGGGGGGGGCAGAGCUUUGUGACGUCAUGUUUGAGGGGGUUCUGGCUUUUUGUGACACCGUGUGACGAGGGGGGGGGUCAAACAUCGUCCAAAAUCGCGUGACGUCAUUUAUGGACGGCCCCUUGUGCAAUCCACUGCCAAAAGACCUGGCGCUGUUGUUCCCAGCAUUCAGAAGAGUGGGGGGGGGGGGGGGGGGGGGGGGGGCUCAGCUGCGUGAUUCCGGUUGGGGUUUAAAUUAAAGAAGAGGAUUUUGAGGAAGCGAGGUCACGGGGCGGGCUACCGCCCCCGCUGGAGCGCGAAUCGUUUAGCGCAUACGCAACACAUUAGCGGUGCAAUUUUGUAGUUAAACUAUUAUCGCGAUCAGCCUCUUGUGAGAACCGUAGCCACAAUGAGGCUCGUCACCACAAGACUAUCAUUGUCCUCCCACACACGGCGGAUCAAAACGCCGUUGUCAGUUUUCAGCGUUUCCAGCGACGUGUCUCACGAUUCGCUCGGUGAACAAAAACGGGAAUGCAUUGAUUUUUGCCCCCGGCCCGUGGCGCUGACAAACGGCCUGGCAAGGAGUGGCAGACGUCCUGGAGCGGCGCACAAAAAACCCGACGAGCCACGCUCGUGAAGGAAAGGGCUGGGGGAGUGGUGAGGCAAGCGGAGGGGCAGCGGGGAACACGGAGAGCAGCGGUGGGGCCACGAAGAGUGGUGGGGGCCGGGCAGUUGUGGCGGAACUGCAGGGGGCAGAGGGCAGAGGGCGUCGUGGCCGUGAAAGCGAUGGCUCUCCCCGCACCCCCGUGGAGACUUGGUGAUGCCUCGCACGCAGCUUAGGGCAGCUUCCCUGCAGAAUCGAACACAAACCCGACAACGCACAGAGCCCACGGUCGGUUUAUUUAUUUAUUAUAUUUAAGGAGUGCUUUUCGAAGCGCUUAUCCCUUUGACGCCCGUGCGGGUAGUGACGACCAGGAGCGAGAGAGCGGAGCGGGGUGGGGUGGGGGGGCGUGAGACGCCACGCUGGGCCGCACAAACCGCUGGGGCAAAUUGAUCGUUGCCACAUCUACGCCGCGGUAAUUUGGCAAUCGGGAAGGCCAAUCGCAUAAAAGCGCCGCGUCGCAAAUUAUUGCCCGCGGUCCGUGGAGUGGCACCCCUCGGGUUAAAUGAUGAGCUUAGUUUAUCGCGAAGUCAACAGGGUUCAAACUCGACCGUUUCUUCAAACGGCGAUUGGCGCCUCGGCUCUUGUUUUACGCCGUUGAGCUGCCGCACGUUGUUGGUCACCCCCCCCCCACCCCAAUGAAGCCGUGGCCUCCUUGCACGUCCGGGUUCGAGGGCAGCACCGAACUUGGGCCUGACGUGAGCCUCCCCGCCGCUCCCGGGCGUCCCUAGCCCACACGAGGGCGACGCUGGUGCCGUGAGCGCCUGAAAUUAAACGUGGGCAGCAACCAAAAAAAGGCCACACGUUGCAGUCGGGAGGAGAGGUGAGCAGGUUUUGGGGUACAGCUCAAAAGCCAAUCACUGGUCCUACCGCUUACCCCUAGCUCACGAGCCAAGCAGCCACGGGUACCAGCCCACCCAAUUACCAUAACCUUGCCCUUAACCAAACCUGUGUUGUUUUUUUGCCAGCGCCUCAUUUCAUUUAUUGUUGGCCUCUUUGUUAAAAAUUUUAAAUCCCACCGGAUGACUCAGCGGUAGAGCGAGCGGCUCGCGAUGAGAAAGUUGCGAGUUCAAAUCCUGGUUUUGUGGGGGGGGGGGGGGUAACGCCCAUCAUCUCUCCCAUCGGGGACUAUAAAAUUAGUACCAUUUCUGUGGGGAAGUCGAAAACGGUUGUGUUAUGGAAGGUCUCGACCCCACCACAGUAAUGUGGAAUUUUCACCACUUGCCCCUUACAGGGCUGUAAACGGGAGAUGAGCACCGUCUCGGUGCUCCGUUGAGCAGCAGGAAACCACGUUGUGCUUGACGUGCCAGCCUCUUGGUGCUCACAGCACCGCCAGCGCCGCUCGCCCUGCUGCUGAGACAGAGGCGGAGGAGGCGCCGGGGUUGUGCUGCCACUCACCGGGAGAGCAGAAGCACUGUUGUGUUGGAAUGAAAUGUUUUAUGCUGAACUUUUUUUCUCCCAAUAUAUUGUAAACGAUAACAGGAAAUGCAUAUUUGUCAUAUAUGUGUUAUCAUAGGCGUUUAGAUUUUGAAUAGUUCAGUAAACCAUUGUUAAGUUAGUCGCCCAAAUAAAACAACAUUUUGAAUAUUG